AUGUUUCCGUUGGGGUGUUUGACAUUGAAAUUGAAGGUGCCGCGGGGGAUGUCACCGUCGGGGUGUUUGAGGUUGAGAUUGAAAGCACCGCGGAGGAUGUCACCGUCGGGGUGUUUGAGGUUGAGAUUGAAGGCGCCGCGGGGGAUGUCACCGUCGGGGUGUUUGACAUUGAAAUUGAAGGUGCCGUGGGGGAUGUCUCCGUCGGGGUGUUUGACAUUGAAAUUGAAGGUGCCACAGGGGAUGUCACCGUCGGGGUGUUUGAGGUUGAGAUUGAAAGCACUGUGGAGGAUGUCGCCGUCGGGGUGUUUGAGGUUGAGAUUGAAGGCGCCGCGGGGGAUGUCACCGUCAGGGUGUUUGACAUUGAAAUUGAAGGUGCCGCGGGGGAUGUCUCCGUCAGGGUGUUUGACAUUGAAAUUGAAGGUGCCGCGGGGGAUGUCUCCGUCGGGGUGUUUGACAUUGAAAUUGAAGGUGCCAUGGGGGAUGUCACCGUCGGGGUGUUUGAGGUUGAGAUUGAAAGCGCCGCGGAGGAUGUCACCGUCGGGGUGUUUGAGGUUGAGAUUGAAGGCGCCGCGGGGGAUGUCUCCGUCGGGGUGUUUGACAUUGAAAUUGAAGGUGCCACGGGGGAUGUCACCGUCGGGGUGUUUGAGGUUGAGAUUGAAAGCGCCGCGGAGGAUGUCUCCGUCAGGGUGUUUGACAUUGAAAUUGAAGGUGCCGCGGGGGAUGUCUCUGUUGGGGUGUUUGUCAUUAAAAUUGAAAGCACCACAGAGGAUGUUGCCGUCGGGGUGUUUGAGGUUGAGAUUGAAGGCACUGUCGGCAAUGGCCCCAUCAGGGUGUUUGACCUUGAAAUUGAAAACAUGA